AUAAAAUGUUGAGCGAGAACGCGAGUAGUGGAGAGGGGAGGGGAGAGAGCAAGCGGAUAGAGUAAAGCCCGUCACAGUGCCAGACAGUCGGCUUGAGCUGAGCUGCGACCCAGUCGAGGUGAUGAUGGCGGCAGCUCUCGAACGAGGAGGGCUUCGGGCCGCCUUCCUGAACCCAGGCAGCGGUGGUGGCGGCGGACCGGCACCGACAUGCGUCCCGGCUGGAGCGGCGGCCGGGGCCGGGGCGCUCGUCCUCGGUUCGGCUGGUUCCGGCCCGAUCCCUGUCCCUAUGAAUCUUUUUGCAACCUGGGAAAUAGACCGUUCUUCUCCAAGCUGUGUUCCGAGGCUCUGCAGUCUCACCCUGAAGAAGCUGGUUGUCCUCAGAGAACUGGACAAGGAGCUCAACUCUGUCGUCAUCGCCGUCAAAAUACAGGGCUCCAAGCGUGUCCUGAGGUCAAACGAGUACGUUCUCCCCCCCAGUGGCCUCAUGGAGACCGACCUGGAGCUCACCUUCUCCCUGCAGUACCCCCACUUCCUGAAGCGGGAUGCCAACCGGCUGCAGAUCAUGCUGCAGAGGAGGAAACGCUACAAGAACCGCACCAUCCUGGGCUACAAGACCCUCGCUGUGGGACUCAUCAACAUGGCCGAGGUGAUGCAGCACCCCACGGAAGGCGGACAGAUCCUGGGUCUCCAUAGCAACGUGAAGGAGGCUCCAGCGCGCGUGGCCGAGAUCAGCGUGUUCUCGCUCUCCAGCCAGCCAAUCGACCACGAGGAUGCCAGCGGACAGGCCGGGGCCAAGACCAAGAUCUCAGAUCGCUCCCCUGAUUUGGAUAACUAUUCGGAGGAGGAUGAUGACAGCUACUCUUCAGAGCAAGAGGCCAGCGAUGACGCUGUCCACGGCCAGGACAUUUACGACGAGGAUGAUGAGGUACGCAAGCCGAAGAAGUCGCGGCGGAAAAUGAUCCGAACGACCUCCAUGACAAGGCAACCCAACUUCAAGCAGAAGUUUGUGGCCUUACUGAAGAGGUUCAAGGUGACGGAUGAGGUUCUGGACUCAGACCCGGUGGACCAGACGCAGGAGGUGGAGGAGGAUCUGGACCUGCUGUACGACAGCCUGGAGGUGUACAACCAGAGCGACAGCGGCCCGGAGAUGGAGGACAACGACAGUGUCAUGAGCACGCCCAAACCCAAACUCAAGCCGUUCUUCGAGGGCAUGUCUCACUCCAGUUCCCAGACAGAGAUCGGCAGCCUGCACAGCCACAAGAGCCAGCCCCGAGACAGAGACAGAGACCGAGACAGAGACCGAGACAGAGACAGAGACAGAGACAGAGAACGCAGCUGCAUCAGUUCUGACUUCUUGCAGCUGGCCAGGAGCAAAUCAUCAGCAUCACGACACCAGGAGGACACCAACAUGGACUCCCCAACAGGGGAUGUGGAUCCUGAUGACUUUGGGCCAGUGGUGGCGGAGGUGAGCAGCUGGGAGGUGAAUGCUGAGCGGCUGGCCAACACCGUGGGCAAACUUUGCAAGAUGGAGUCCCAGAAUCACAUGUCACCGAGCAGUAAGAUGGAGAGCCGUAUGCAGCGCCGGGCCCGCAGUACCUCCAUGAAGGACCGGCAGAACUCGCGCACCCAGAGCGAGAGGAGCAUGGAGAGUGAGUGCUCACCCGAGGCCCGGCUAGUCACACAGGUGCCCAGGAAGUCUGUGUAUGACCAGUUGAACCAGAUCCUCAUCUCAGACGAGAGGCUACCCGAGAGCAUCAUCCUCAUCAACACCGUGGACUGGCAGGGCCAGUAUGUGGCUGAGCUCCUGCAUAAACAGAAUCAGCCCAUCGUUUCCACCUGCUCCGCUGCAGACGUGCAAGCUGCCUUCAACACCAUCGUGGCCCGCAUCCAGAGAUUUUGCAACUGUAAUGCACAGACUCCUCCCACCAUAAAGGUGGCGGUGGCGGGCGACCAGAGCUACCUCAGCACAGUGCUGCGCUUCUUCGUGGACCAGCUGGCCAACAAGACGCCCGAUUGGCUCACCUACAUUCGCUUCCUGGUCAUCCCCAUUGGAUCUCAUCCGCUAGCGAAGUAUAUGGCGUCGUUGGACUGUAAGUUCAGCAACAUCUUCAUGGACACGGCAUGGAGGGAGCUUUUCUGCCGGCCAGAACCGCCCUCCUCAGUGGAUAACCUUGAUGUGGCUGGAAGGAUCGUCCAGUACAUUGCCGGUGCCAACGUGUCUCAUCAGUUCCCCAUAUCAGAGGCUAUGCUUACCUACAAACAGAAGAGGAAGAGAAGUUUAUAUUUUGAUUUUUACAUCAGCCCUGAUGAGGAUUCUUGCCAAAAAUUUGUGCCAUUCAUUGGGGUCGUUAAAGUGGGCAUUGUGGAGCACAGCCUCUCCACAUCAGUGGACUCGGAUGAUGCCAUGGGCACUGCCCCCUCCCCUCAGUGUGGCACCCCUCCGCCCUCCCCCUCUGUCUCAGCCGGUCUGUCUGGAGCUGGUUCUCCGUUGGUGGGUGGCGAGGUGAUGGGGCUCCAAGUGGACUACUGGACGUGGCAGGGCGUGGAGAAGAAGCGCGACGGGGAGAAGCGCGAGGUGGGCCUCAAGAACACCCUCAAGAGCAACUUCCGCUCGCUGCAGGUCAGCCGGCUCCCCUGCCCCGGAGAGCUCAGCCCCCCCGCCAGCAUGGCCAUGACCGUGGUCACCAAGGAGAAGAACAAGAAGGUCAUCUUCCUGAGUAAGAGGCCCAAGGAGAAGGAGGUGGACUCCAAGAGCCAGGUGAUUGACGGCAUCAGCAGGCUGAUCUGCACGGCCAAGCACCAGCACACCAUGCUCCGAGUGUCGAUUGACGGCGUGGAGUGGAACGACGUGAAGUUUUUCCAGCUGGCAGCCCAAUGGCCCACCCAUGUCAAGCACUUCCCUGUGGGUAUCUUCGGCUACAACAAGCCCCUGUGACCUUACGUGCCGCAAAGCUCCUUCCUCCCUACCACUCCACCUAACAUAGUCUGACUUGGACUUGAGAGAGGAGGGAGGGAGGGGUGGGGGAAUACAAUCUAUCUUCCUGCGUCUAUAUACUGUAUAUUGACACAGGAAGGGAGAGAGAUAGGGAGAGUAGAAACAAACAGAUGAUUGGAGUGGAAGAGGAGAUGAGAGGAGUGGUGAAGAGAAGUAAAGCCAACCCAUCAUUGCAGUAACUUGGGUUCCCAUGGACACCUUUGGUUUUACUGCCGCAAUAGUGUUGUGAAGAAAAAGAAGAGAGAGAAAAAAAACAGUACGACUUUUCAUCACCGUUAUUAUUGUUGUUGGUCGACGUGUUGUUUUUGAUGUUUUUUUACACUUUAUGGACAAAUGAAAAGUGAUAUUUUGUAUGUAUGAAUCAUGCUGCCUCUAAAAAAAACAAAGUAUUUUUUUCAGUCUUGACAAACGGCCACCUUAAUAUGUUGGCAGCUGUGUUUGCACUUUGUGUUUUUAUUGUUUUCUUUUGUUUAUUGCUCAUGAAAUUUGUUACCUACUAUUAUUAUUUCCAUGAAAUCCUGUUUGUAACGCUGUCAUGUAUGCAGUGGAUAGUCGAGUGUUCAGAGGAAGAAGAAGCAGUGAAGAAAGUAUGUGCUACAAAGGGUGUGUUUGGUGUGUGUGUAGGGAGUGUGGAUGUGUGUGAAUGUCAGUGUAGUGGUUUUUCGUGUGGAACUAUUAGGGAUAUUGCUGUGAAACUAGAUAGGGACUCCUUCACCUUGAUGCAGUGCGCUGUUUUUUUCUCUUUUUUUAACUACCAUUAUCCUUGUUUUUUGUAUUUUUUUUAUUGUAGAAUGGUGAUGUUUGUUGGUUUGAUUUGUUUUCUUUGGAAAAAAUAGGUUAGGUUUAAUGUAUUGAAAAACCUUUGACUUUUUAAAGCACACCUUGAGUUUAAAAGUAAAAUACAUCAACCCUGAAAACAUAUUUAGGAGGAAAACAAGGUACAGACAAAACUUAAACAUACCCAAUAACGCUAACCAUAGGAACAGUAACUAAAAGCGGCAUGCUUCCAUAAUAUAAAACAAAAACAGAAUGCUAUUUAUAGACAAAAACAGAUUUUGCAUUGAGCUCACUGCAAUUUCAUGUUCAAUUUCAAUUUGAGAGAUGGUGAAGGUGAUUUAUACCUUUUACUCCCUGGAGAAUUCAGAGUUAAAUUAGUCAAAGUAGAAACAUGUUUAAACAAUAUGCAGAUGCUUAAUAAGUGUGAUACAUCUUCAACACCUAUAACCCUGGUCUACCCAUGUAUAACAAUGAAGCUUCAUGCCAAAGUGUUAAUCAAAUGAUCUCUAAUAUUCAGGCAUAAUAAAAUGGCUUUAGAGUUUUUCAACUUUUAAAUUCACCAUUGAAAGUGUAUGUUAUUUGUUUUCAUACAAUUAUGUAACUGUAGCAUGUACAUGCUGCCACAUCCUAUAUCCAACAGUCAUUCAAAAGCACAGGGCUUCCCCCUGGUGGCUUAAAGUUGUAUGACAGAUGGCAUCUUGUACUUUAAAUCCUUUAGUCUUAUCUGUAUUCAACCAUUUCAUAGGCAAUUGAAUAGAAGCACUGCAUGCCAUGUAAUGUUAACUAAGAUUAUCUUAGCCAGCAGUAUGUGUAUGAGCUUACAGUUCACUGGCCAUUCACUUAUCAGACAUCAUCCCAUAACCCACACUAACAUACAGAUCAGAAAGCCAACAGGCCCACAAACAACACGUAGGCAAGGAUGCCCCCCUCCCCCCCCCUAUUUGUAAAGACUGGUGUGCUUUAAAAUGUUGAAGUGAUUAGAGAUGGACGAAGCUAGAGAGCUGUAGCCACACGAGUGGUGCUCUACUGCCCAUGUUGAUGUUAAGUGCUGAUUUGUACGUUUGUAUGUAUGUCUUCACGAUGGUGCUCCUAUCGUAGGCCCCAGGUGGAGGGAGUCCUAGACUUCACACUGCGGGCGAGUUGUGUGUCUAUGAUUUUAGUGAAGUUUGUAUGUUUGUGUAUUGAGGUGCCUACGUGGCUCAUAUAUUAACUCUCCUCUUGUGGUCUGGUUGGAACGGUGUCCAAAGUACGACACUUUUUUCCUGGCCGAAAUGUAUUUGUUUUCUGUUUUUGUGAAGCACAAGUAACUAUAUAAUAUUAUAUAUGAAUAUAUACAUACUCAGCUCUUUAGUAAUGCAAUUAGUCUUGUGAUGCCAAAUAAUUGAAUUUUCUGACCUUGUGGACAGAGCCACUCCAGACAUGGACUAUCGUAAAUGCAGUUUGCAUUUUCAGCCCAUUAAUGAUGUUUGGUCCCACAAAGAGGCCUGUGUGUCCGUUACAGUCCUGUCAGAUCAGUCAAUAAGAACGAAGUGCGGGCACAAGUGGUGCCUGCCUGCAACAAGCCUUUUGUGGCUACCUCCUUCCUCUUAAUCUAACACUAAGCAGUUUUUUUUCCAUCCUCAAGAUAAUCAUUUCAAUAGUUCAUGAAUUUGUAACAGGGUGGAAAAGCACUUCAAUUCAAUUUUAUAACCACGCAAAGUAUGAGGAGUGGUGUGUGUUAAAAUGUCAAUUAUUCUUUUAGCCAGGGAAACCACUUAGUGUUGCUUAAAUACACACACAACACACACACUGACUGACCCAACUAACUGAAGGUUCUUCUCCAAGUGGCAAGACGCCAUUUUACAUUAGCAACAAGGGAUACAUGUCAUUGUUAUUCCUCCAUUGUGUGACAUAUUCAAGUGCUUGUUCAUGGUAAAAGCUUAGAAACAAUGUCUAUGUGAACUUCAAUGUUUGGAAAAGGUACUAGAUAUACAAUUUCACAUAUAUAUAUACAUCAAGGCUGCAAGUUUGUAGUUUGCUUAUGUGUUGGGAGACAAAUCAUGUGACGAGAAGCAUUUUUUUAUGAUGGGAGAGUUAGACAUACUGGAAGGAUGAGUGUUUGCCUUUUUUUUUAAUCCCCUUUAUUUC